GGAGCUGCAGCUACCCUUGAGGAAUUGUUCCUUCACCUCAUCAAUAAGCAUUGUUCCUUCACCUCAUCAAUAAAAUCCAAUCACAAACUCUGGCCACUAUCAGCCUGCCUCAAAAAAGUCUCCAAAAGUUUUCUAAUAAUUCCUCAGGGAUCCAUAGUCCUAUGUGAUAUUUGGAUCCAACUAAUGUUUAGGAAUCCUAUCACGGUGAAAAAUCUUCCUGGAUCCUGCACUGUAUUUAUCAAACUUAUUUCUUUUAAUCUACAGGAGGAAGAUAUUGAAUACUAUGACUCCAAGGCUGAUACAGAAUACGAUGACCCAGAAGGGGAAGAGAUUGAAAGAGAGAAAUCCAAUUCCUUGAAGCUGGAAUUCACAGAAGAUGAUAACUUCAAAACCAAAGUUAAUUACUCAUAUGCAGCUGUACAGAUACCUACAGACAUCUACAAAGGCUCCACUGUAAUUCUCAAUGAACUGAAUUGGACAGAAGCCUUAGAGGAUGUGUUUGUGGAAAACAGAAAAGAAGACUCGUCUCUGCUGUGGCAAGUCUUUGGCAGUGCUACAGGGGUAACCCGCUUCUAUCCAGCUUCCCCAUGGAGAGCCCCCAAUAAGAUUGACCUGUAUGAUGUCCGAAGAAGGCCUUGGUACAUUCAAGGGGCCUCAUCUCCAAAAGACAUGGUGAUCAUUGUGGAUGUGAGCGGUAGUGUCAGUGGCCUGACACUGAAGCUGAUGAAGACCUCAGUUUAUGACAUGUUGGACACACUCUCAGAUGAUGAUUACGUUAAUGUUGCUUCUUUUAACCAGAAGGCACAACCUGUGUCCUGUUUUAAACAUUUAGUCCAAGCUAAUAUCCGCAACAAGAAGGUCUUCAAAGAGGACGUAGAAGGAAUGGAGGCCCAAGGAACCACUGAUUAUAAGGCUGGCUUUGAAUAUGCCUUUGAGCAAUUGCAAAAUUCCAACAUCACAAGAGCCAACUGUAAUAAGAUGAUCAUGAUGUUUACUGAUGGAGGAGAAGAUCGCGUGCAAGAUGUUUUUGAGAAGUAUAAUGGACCCAACAAGACGGUACGAGUAUUCACCUUUUCUGUUGGACAGCAUAACUAUGAUGUCACUCCCCUGCAGUGGAUGGCUUGUGCUAACAAAGGCUAUUAUUUUGAAAUUCCUUCCAUUGGCGCUAUCCGAAUCAACACUCAGGAAUAUCUCAAUGUCCUAGGAAGGCCCAUGGUCUUGGCCGGAAACAAAGCAAAGCAAGUUCAGUGGACCAAUGUCUAUCAGGAUGCUUUGGGCCUGGGUUUGGUGAUAACAGGCACUUUGCCUGUAUUUAACCUCACUGAAGAUAGUCAGUCUCGUGGGAGCAGUGAAUGGAAGAACCAGCUCAUCCUGGGUGUUGUGGGGAUUGAUGUGGCUCUAAAUGAUAUCAAGAAGCUGACACCACGAUACAAUUUGGGGGCUAAUGGCUAUGUAUUUGCUAUUGACUUGAAUGGAUAUGUAUUGCUACAUCCAAACCUGCGACCUCUGAUCAUCAAUUUUCAAGAACCUGUAACCUUGGAUUUCCUUGAUGCUGAAUUAGAGGAUGAGAACAAAGAAAGGAUUCGCCGAAGCAUGAUAGAUGGAAAUAAAGAUCAACAAUAUAUUAAGACUCUGAUAAAAUCCCUUGAUGAGAGGUAUAUUGAUAAAGUUCCUAGAACCUAUACUUGGGCACCUAUCAAAAGCACAAACUACAGCUUAGGUCUGGUCUUACCGAAUUACAGCAGAUCUUACAUCCAAGCUAAUCUCAGUGACCAGAUUCUCCAGGUGAAGUUACCAAGCAAAUUGAAGGAUUUUGAAUACCUGCUGCCAAACAGCUUUGAGUCCGAGGGACAUGUAUUCAUUGCUCCAAGAGAAUAUUGCAAAGACCUCAACCUGUCGGAUAACAACACUGAAUUCCUGGAAAACUUUAUUGCCCUCAUGGAAAAGGUGACGCCUGACUCCAAACAAUGUGACAACUUCCUUCUUCAUAACCUUAUCCUGGACACUGGAAUUACACAACAGCUGGUGGAAACAGUAUGGAAGAAUCAAGAUUUAAGCACAUAUAGUCUUGUAGCUGUGUUUGUUGCCACAGAUGGUGGCAUUACCCGUGUUUUCCCUAACAAAGCUGCUGAAGAUUGGGAAGAAGACCGAGAGCCCUUCAAUGCUAGCUUUUAUCGAAGGAGCCUAGAUAAUAAAGGCUACAUCUUUAAGCCACCUUACCGAGAUCCCAAUUACAGAGGAUCAGAACCAGAAAGCAGUGCUGUUGGGAUCCUAGUUAGCACAGCUGUAGAACUCAACAUAGGAGAGAGGCAUCUGAAGCCAGCAGUGGUAGGAGUAAAACUUGACUUGGAGGCCUGGACACAAAAAUUUAAAGUCCUUGCUAGCAAUCAAACAGAUCAGCAGAAAACACGACGAUGUGACCUCUCCACAAGCUGUGAGAUGGACUGUGAUACUAAUGACAAGGAUCUGCUUUGUGUGCUUAUUGAUGAUGGUGGAUUUCUGGUGAUCUCCAACCAAGAAGACUACAAAUACCAGGUUGGAAAGUUCUUCAGUGAGGUGGAUGCCCAUUUGAUGUCUGCUCUCUACAACAAUUCAUUCUUCACACAGAAAGAAUCAUACGACUUUCAAUCUGUCUGUGCUCCAGAAGCUCCAAGCAACACAGGAAGUGCAUCACGUGGGGUCUAUGUGCCAACCAUGGCAGAUUUCUUGAACCUGGCUUGGUGGAGCUCAGCAGCUGCAUGGUCUCUAUUUCAGCAGUUCCUGUAUGGAUUAGCCUAUAACAGCUGGUUUCAAACAGAGGAUGUCUCAGCAGACAACAUGGAAUCCAAGGAGACCAGCUGCAUCAUGAAGCAAACCCAAUACUAUUUUAGUUCUGUUAACUAUACCUACAACACCAUCAUUGACUGUGGAAAUUGCUCUAGGCUGUUCCAUGCACAAAGGCUUGCUGGGUCUAAUCUUCUGUUUGUUGUAGCAGAAAAGCCAAUAUGCAAUCAGUGUGAAUCCACAAAACUUCUCCAAGCAGAGAUAAAAGCUCCUCCAGGAGAUCGCAAUCAAUGUGAGCUAGUAGAGAAGCCACGUUACCGGAAGGGUCCCCACAUCUGUUUUGAUUACAAUGCAACUGAAGACACCUCGGAUUGUGGCAGAGGGGCCUCCUUCAGACCUUCCUUGAAUAUCUUGUUAUGCUUGCAGUUAUUCCUUCUCUAUUUGACUGCAAGUCACCAUUCGCUGCCCUUGGCAUUUUGCCUUUGAAACGACCAUUUAGCUUAACCCAUCCUUUUUAUUUUAUGCACAUCAUCAUCCCCUCCAGACUUGCUAGAGGAUGACUUCUGCCUAGCCCCAUCAGUUCUGGCUGCACUUGGCAUUCACUCAUGAGGAUUGUUGCUUUCUUUACUCAGAAGUCCAGAAGCUCUUCUUAUUUAUUUUUUUUUCCUUUUCCUCCAUCAAUCCUUGCCUUUCCGGUGUCUCUGCACAGCAGAUUGUGCUAAAGAGAUCUUUGAGAUGAUGAGGGGAAGCAUGGACCACCGUGAUCUUCUCCACACAGGGAACAUUCUUGAGCUUUGAUUCAUUGUUCCCCUUUCCACUCAUUGAGCUGUUGGCCAAAUACAAAGAAUACGGCCCCAUGAUUUUAUUUUUCCAUUGAAUCUGUGGAAUUCUGGGAGACCUUUGUUAGUUUUCUUGUGAAGGACUUUUAUUAUGGUUUUAAAAGUAUUUAAUCAACAAUACUGAUGAUACUAUUUUGUCUCAAGUAACGUACCUUACCAUUCCAAUAAUGAAAACUGCAAAAACAACACCAAUCAUUAUAACCGAAAAAAUGGAUAGUCUUGCCAAAUUGAUUCUAUAACCUAGCAAACCUUCCAGCUAAUUCCAGUAGCUUUUCAGACUCAAAGUAAUCUUAUAAGAUCACCCCAAUAUCAUUCCACCCAAUUCACUAUGAGUUUUCCAGGGCCAUUGUUAUUUCUGCCUUUCAAUAGGUGGAUCCCAUCUCCAAUCAAUGAUGAAUUAUUUUCAUCCUAAACAGUUUAAUCUAGAUCUUUCAACAUCUGAUUUCCAAACAUUAAGCCUGAAAGAUCAGAGCAUUUAUUGUCAGCAAGAAAGAAACAUGCACAAAUGCAGAGGAUAUCACUUGAAUUUUAAGGUCGGAAUUAUUCAUUUAAACUGCUUAUUCUGUAAAGAGGACUUGAAAACCAAGCAGGGCAGAAAGAAGAGGGUGAAGAUGCUUUUGUAUACCAUUCCAGUAAUCCAUGUAAGGUUGGAGGAUGCAGCAACUGAGACAAUCUUUAAAAAAUGAAUAGCAAGAUAGAAUGCAAGCAACAAUUAUGGUUUAAAUCCAGCAGCCCCGUUGAUUAUUUUCCUGCUUUCCCAUUUCUUAUUUGAACCAAUUGAAAAAACAUAAUUAGCUAUUUUAAGAGCUGUUCUCCCAAAUCACUAUGAAGUCUUCAGUUGGUAGCUUUGCCGUAUCCAAUCUUUAAGAUAAGCCAAUUAUUGAGAUGACUUAGACAAAGAUGAAGUCUCUUUUCUUCAGUUUCUUUUUUUCUAAAUUUUAAAGCAUAUUGUCCACCCUAGUGGAGGCAGCACUGUGUGCCACACCAACCUAUGAAGAUGAUAGCCAAAGUUUUUCUUCGUAGACUUGUGCAGAAAUCUAACUGUACGCUUAUUGUUUGUGUACUUGAGUCUGGAGGAAGUGAAAAUGUUCUGCUUCACAAUGAUGGCUGUUAAAAUGUCUGCCACUCAGCUCAGACCCCAACAGAGCACCUCUGAUGACUCUGCAAGUGUACAUUUCACGUCUGGAAUUAUUUUAAGUAGUUGCAACUAUUGAAGAAUUAAAAGGAAGUAUAAUACUGGAAUUCAUCAACUGAUGUCCUUUAAAAAAAAAGGCUGUUUUUAGGAUUUGUCUUGAGCAGAUUUCCAAUCUUUAUGCCUGUUAACAUAUGAUAAUAAGUACAUCUUGCUACAUACUAUGAACUGAAAUGCCUGCAGUCCCCUGACAAUUCUGGAAGAUCCUUCUCGUCAGCCAAAUAUACCCCACUGCACUGCCUCUACACUUGAAAUAGCCAGCAAAGUGAGAAGAAUCCUGUUUUGUUUCAUUUCAUUUCGUUUUGUUCCGUUUUGUUCCUGCUUGAUGUUGUAAGAGAGCCAGAACCUUCUGGGCAAUAUGGGGAACUGCAGACAUAUGAUCCAAUUUCAUCAAGGAAAAACUGUUGGUUGCAAUGCCAAGAACUGCAUGAGUUUUUCCCUCUGGCACAAGGUUGAUUGCUGUUAUAAAAGCCUGCUAAAAUAUUGUACACAGUGAUGCAUUCAUUUCAACUUAAUAUGCUCAGUUCUUUAAUCCAGACUUCUUUUAAUCCAAACACACCGCCUGUUAUGAAUUAUUCAACUGCUAUGGAUUUCAUUUUCAUUUCAACUGCUAUGAAAAUCUGGAAAGCAAACUGUAGGUCAUAAUUACUUCAACCUGAAGUUUUCUAAAGAGGAAGACAAUCCAGUUUGAUUAAUAACUUCAGAUUCUGUUUGAAUCAAACUUUCUGUGGUCUUUGUAUUGUGCUUUAGUAGUAAACCAGGAUUUUGGAGAAAAGCCUUCUGAUCUCACAACUUACAUGUUAAUUCAGCCUCUGCCAUUUAUAAUGACCCCACCAGUUGUUUAAUUGAAAAAAAUAGUGCAGCUUGGAAGGUGUACAAUUGUUGAAUGCAACCCAUUCCUCAGCCAAUACUGCAGGCAUAUCAGACAAAAUUAUUUACUGAUGUUCUUAGAAGUAAGAUUUCUGUGGUCCUCAUAAUAUAAUCUAAAGAGUCAAAAGCAUAAUACUUCUGUAAUAAUUAUGGCUGCAAAGUGCAAAUAUGUGGUGCUUGGAACUAUUGUAGGAAAAAAAUACUUGACAAAUCUGGAAGUAGAACCAAUGGUGCACUGCUUGCUUUUCAGUAAACUUUGUUCUUGAGACUAGGAAAUUCUUAAUCUCUCAAAAGCUAUCUUCAUUCAAAUUCCUUUGUGUACAUAUAACCCUCCCCCAAGUAAAUCCUCGUUUUCAAGUAAGCAACUAAAAAGACUUCUCCUUCCAAGUCUGCAUUUUUUUUCCAGACUGCUUAUAUACACAACAAUUGCACUGGUGCUAAGGAUAGUAGUUCUGCUUAAUUGGCUUUGUAUAGAUUUCUACAGAAGUAAACUGGGAGAUUAUAAAUACAUAGCUCUAACUAACUCUGAUGUAUGGUAAAGAUAGUGCCAUUAUUCCUUGUGUAUACUACCAGUGAUAAUCAAUUGUGCUGGUUGUGAAUACACUCUCAGAAUCUCCCUGGUUUCUUCUGAGCAGAAACUACAAAAUUGUGCCAAAUUGUGUGAUUGUUUUGUGAUGUGGGCAACUGUCUGUAGUGUGCUUGCUGAAAACCCCCAGAUUCAUUUUACGUUAGUCUGAGUAAAACCUCUUGUCUUCCUUAUGUCACUUUGUCUGUGACUGUUUGGCUAGUGCUCUGGAGCUAGUAUAUAUUCAUCAACAACAGAUAUUCAAAGUGGGAAAAAUUAGGAGCACAGAAAGUAUAUAUGGAAACGAUAUUGGACCUGAAGUGCUUCUCAUUCAUACAAGAAGCUGAUUGGAUAACAUGGCCUUUCCCUGCUUUUGAAUAUCUUACCACUUCAUCACUGUUAAUGGCCAUGACAUACUUCUUAGUCAGCCUCUUUGUUCUUGCUAAAUUAUUCAAGGUCAAAGCUAAAAUUUGCUGGGGUUGAACUGGUACUCUUUUCAUUCUUGACUUUUGGCCGAUGCCCUCCAAGAUGUUGGGUUGUUUUUUUUGUUGUUGUUGUUUGGUGAAAUUUUAUAGUCAUAAUGGGGUACAUUUUGUUGUUUACAUACAUAUACAUACAGAUGUAUUUAUGUACGUAAUAACCAAAGACAGGUUAAAAAACAUACCUUAAGUGGUUCUAUAAUGGUGCAAGUAUAUCUUGUAAUUCCUAUGAUUUUUUUCCCUUCCUUGAGGUGAGUCUGUUUCCAGAUAUCCUUAUUUUAAGAGGACAUUUAUGUCACUGCUGAAAGCACUGGUUGGGUCCUCUGGCUUGUUUUUUUUUCAUACUAGAUUUAGAAUUGCUUGCUUUAAAACAUAUUUUUAAAACUCCAAUCAUGUACAUCUUUAAAAUAAUAAUAAUAAUAGUUGUUGUUCUGAAAUGCCAAGAAAUCUGGAAGCAGCAGGGGAAAGAUGGUUUAGUAGCAUUAUAGGUUCUAGCCAAUGACUGCUAUGCCCAGGCAGCUUUUUUUACAAACAUAUAGAACUGAUUUCUCCUGAGCUUGGUCCAGAUUGGAUAAAUCACUGAAUUGAUACACCUCUGUUGCCAUGAGAGAUAAUGACUCUGUUUUCAGAACAAUUUUUUGUCUGGGAAAGCAAUGCUCUUGGAGAGGAAUAUGAGCAAUGCUGAUAAAGAAGUCCCACAUAACAGAGCUAACUUCAGAGGACCACUUAUGGAACAGUAUUAUCCUUUCUAAUAAUUAUAGCGUUUGUUCAGCUUUAGCUGGAGUCUAUUCACCUUCAGUUUGGGUAGACGUUUCAUAGGUUUUUUUAAUGUCGGUGCAAUUCUAGUUGAAUAACUCCCUUACCAUUAGUUGAUUCUAGACUCAAGUUCAGAAGGGAAAGGAAAUGGCAGAAUGGAGAACACUGGAAGUGAAAUAUAAAAACAGACCCGCAGCAGAAGACAUAUUGAACUUAGCAAAUUGUAGAUAUUGCCUUGAUUACUACAUAUCAAACAUGAUUCAGCCUCUUCAUUUAUCAGUCAGGGAAUCACUGAGUAGCAUGUCAGAGAAAUACUGCCCUGCCUCCAAUUACUUCAGUUGCGAUAUAUGCAAAAAUCACUGGUUAGAAAAGAAUUUCCUGUUAUUUACCUAUAUGUUCAAUGGUAAUCCUUUCUCACAUUUUUCACAAUUAGUACAAAAAGAAAGCAACGUUUUGAGCAAACGUUUCCAGAGUUAGAGAAUCAGCAUUUGGAAGAUGAAACUAUGGCCCAUUUUUCAAUCCAAGUUGAUUUCAAUUUUUGGAGAGGGAAUUGGGGUGGGCAAGAUUGAUGUUUGUGCAUGAGCUAAUCAUAUUGCAAUAAGUGUGGGUCUGGACAGAAAUACUUUGCUCUUUCCCUGCUAUUGUAGCAAAAUUUGCCUUCUGAAAAUGAACUUUUCAGACGUAUGUGUAAAUAUAAGCUGAGCUAGGCAACAACCAGCUCUGUUGAAACAGUUGUGUAAACAGGAACUGGAAUGUCCAUUCACAUAAUUUGUGUUAUCUGCAGCUUAUCUUAGAGUCUGAAUGGUUGGUGCUAUGUCCCAGUCAGAAUCACUUCUAUAUUGUCAUUAAGUCUUCCUCCAGUCUUUUUUUUUCCUCACUUAUGAUGGAUGAAGCUGGUAUUGAUUGAUAGUCGAGGAUACGUUUGGAAAAAGGAAGCCAAAAGCAUGACCAUUUUGCUUCUAUCACCUGAGGAAAUCAGAAGUUUCAUAGGCUGCACAAAAAGAAAACCCAUACAAGAAACAGAAUGGUGAUAUUAUCCAAAGCUGUAAAAGCAGAAAAUAUCGUUCUGAAGAAAGUAAAAUAUGAUGAAACUGGAAGAAUUAAAAGGAACAUUCAAUUGACAUAAAGCAUCAGCAAAGAAAAUCUCAUGUAAUUAUUAACCGUGCAAAGAAUUAUGAACUUGGAUUAAACCAAUUUCCUGAAUUCAGAGAAGUAGGGAAAAUGCUUUGGAGAAAAUGAAUCUUCAAAGAAGAGUCUCUAGAGAGCAAAGAACUCUUUAUUUUAACCUUGUCAAUCCUAGUUAGAAACUUUUUUUCUAGAAAAAGUAAAGGACUAUGUGAAAAUAAAUUCCAUUGACCCUAUGUGCUGAGUUCUUCAUACAAAGACAUAUUAGCAGAGGUGAAACGUAGUCAUUUUUCAAUCCACCUAUCAUGCCUAAUUCCUUUUAAAAUCAGUUUGGACAAAAUUUGUGGUAGAGUAGAGUAGAGAAGUAAGGAAAGGAAGGGGGAGAUCCAUGAUUUUGACAAGAUCUUGGAAAUUUGAAUCCAAAGUCAAGGGACACGAGGUGAUUCACUGAUAAUGACAAGGUUAAAGGUCAUUUUGCUUGUAGCUUUUUAGUGUGUGUUUGGUUAUGUAUAUGGGAACUGUGCUUUGACCAGAUGGCUGGCUGUGUUUACCAGGAGUGUAUGUAAAUCUGUAGUCUAGUUGGGUGCUGCUCAUCUGAGAAAAACAAUGAAAAAUAUACAUAUCUAUAAAUAUAUAUUAUAUUUUAAGUUAAGAAAAUAAAAUAAAACAUCAAGUUGCUCUUCUUAUAGCUGCUUGAAUCCUAUUCCUAUCAUUGUUCACUUAAAAAGCUUUCUUCCAAUAAUUCAUUUUUUGUUACAUUAAUUUUGUUUUGUACAGAAGAGUUGAACAAUUUUAAAAAAGACUAAAAUCUUUGUAAAAUAUUGUGUGUGUGAUUCCUUGUAAAAUAUUUUCAAAUUGUUUAUUACAGAGGAUCAGUUAUUAAAUAAUGUUCAUAUUUUCACUUCAAA